CAACAAUCGUGACAGAUUCAGUCACGAGUUGUACAACCAUCUAGCGAUACGCUCCUAUUUUUUUCAGAUAAACAAAUGAUCAAAUCCUCGUGAUUGUUCUUAUCGAUUCAAAUGUGAUUGUGCUUUACAUGUACUCCUAAUUUAAAAAGAAAUUGAGAUUUAUACUUGUAAUUUUUCCUAUGCGAAAUUUAACAUAUCCUUUUUUUUCUUAUUUCAUAUAUACAUACGUUGUUAAUCUUUUUUAUACUCAGUCAAUAUUAACAUAUUGCUUUUAGCAAAUUGAAAUUUUACGUUUAAUUUCCAUAUUGUUAUUAACGAAUAAAAUUUGUAAUUAUAAUUGAAAAUACUAAUAGAAUUCUUUCAAAUAAUGAUAAAAUUCUUUCAAAUAUUUCUUUAUUCAACAAUUUUUUCUGAAGUAUAUAUAUUUUUUUUUUUAAUUAUAUCUUCUCUUCAAUUCAUAUUUCUAGAUAUUUUAGAAUUUUUUCCGAUAUUUUUUCUUCAGUAAAUUUAAUUUAAUUAAUUCUAAUCUUAUUUAAUAGGUUGUAAUUGAUCCAUAUAUAAAAUUACUUUUUUUUAAUGCCUUUUUUCAUUACGAAAUAAAUUGGAUUGAAUUUCACUUUUUCGAGACUUUUUCGUGAGCGCGCAGAAGCUAUUUGAAGAACGCAUGCGCGAGCGGACAAAAUUCGCGCGUCUUUCUAUCGCGCAGGUCAGAAGGGAUUCGACCAAUCAAAACGUCGAAUACUUUUGCUUAUAUAAAGCUUUACCAGCGAUUAUCGUGAGUACAUUCGCUUCGCGCGCGUCGUCCAAAGAGUAAACGGUACAUAGAAUUAACUUGUUUUUCAUUGCUUCGGUCUUUAUACACAAAAAUUUUAUUUUUUUUAUUUGUAUUCGUUGUGACUAUCUUUCUUCAUCUAAUCCUAAUUUUUCUCAGAGAAUAUUCGUAAUAAAAAUUCACAAUAAAAAAAGAAUAAGAAAAUAAGAAAACAAUUAAAUCGUUCAGUGUACAUGUAUUGUCCAUGGAAAAAAAUACAAAUGGGAUUUUACAAAAUAGGGUAUAUAAUUGGAAUUUCAAGAGUUUCUUGAGAGAACGAAAGCUGUUUCCAAAAACACUACGUGAUCUUGUGAGACUUCGUUAGGGGUAACGAAUACAAGUGAUCUUGAGAAAGAAAGAAAGAAAGACGGAGAUCAAAAAGAAAAACAAAGACAACAAGAAAACAAAAAGAGGAAAGAAGAAAAGAAAAAGAAAAAAGACGAUGAUGUGCAAAUUUUUUCUUAUAACAGAUUUAUAAUUGUGAUUAAAAUAGAAACUGUGAUAUCAAAUUGUAAAUAUUUUAUUUUAUUUUAAUACUGUCUCGUUUUGGAAAAACGGCAGCAAAAGAUUUAUAAAACGAACACUAUGGCAAAAAAAGAUUUAAAUUUAGAAGAUGGAAAACCUGUACUGGCAGGACAUAGUGCAAACACUAAUCCAGAAAAUGGUCAUUCUGUUCAUGGAAGUGCUGUCAGACAGGUUCUGGCAGCGGUAGUAGCACAACUUGGAACUCUGAACACUGGUAUGGCAUUUGGUUUUUCUGCCAUUGCUGUCCCACAACUACAAGAACCAAAUAGCAGCAUUCCUAUUGGCAAAGGAUCAUCCGAGGAAUCAUGGAUUGCUAGUAUGUCUUCUAUUGGAACUCCUAUUGGAUGUUUAAUAUCUGGAUAUAUGAUGGACGUACUUGGAAGAAAACGAUCUCUUAUUAUCACGGAAAUUCCAGCAUUACUUGGAUGGAUAUUAAUCGCAUGUGCGACCGACGUUCGUAUGAUAUAUGCUGGAAGAUUCUUUGUAGGACUUGGAUCAGGCAUGGUGGGUGCUCCAGCACGUGUUUAUACAGGAGAAGUGACUCAACCUCAUCUACGGGGAAUGUUGACCGCUUUUGCAAGUAUUGGAGUCAGCACUGGUGUUCUGAUCGAGUAUUUUUUGGGAAGCGUACUUACGUGGAACGUCUGUGCAGCUAUUAGUGGAAUUUUACCUCUUGCCGCUCUUUUGUUAAUGUUUUUCUUCCCUGAAACACCUUCGUAUCUUAUAUCUCGUAGUAGACCUGAAAAAGCACGAGAGGCGUUACAACAAGUUCGUGGUAGUACGUAUAAUAUUAAUCAAGAAAUGGAAACACUUAUUAAUUUUUCGAAUGAGCGCGAUGUUAAGCGUCCAAAAGGAUUUCGAGAAAUAAUUAGAGCUCUUUUAAAACCAAAUGCCAUUAAACCUUUUACUCUAUUGUUUUUAUACUUUCUAAUAUACCAAUGGUCAGGUACAAAUGUAAUAACUUUUUAUGCCGUUGAAAUUUUUAACGAUUCAGGGGCAACAAUAAACAAGUACUUAGCUGCAGUAAUUCUCGGAAUUAUAAGAUUAAUGUCAACUAUUGCUGCUUGUAUCCUAUGUAGAAAGAGUGGACGAAGACCUCUCACAAUGAUUUCGUCCAUCGGCUGUGGACUUUCUAUGGUAGGAUUAGGUGGAUAUAUGUGGUUAAAAAGCUAUUGGACUGCAAAUAAUCUUCCAUUUAUUGCUACUUGGAUACCUGUUUUAUGUAUAUUUUCAUACACUAUUGCUUGUACCCUUGGUUUCCUUGUUAUUCCUUGGAUAAUGAUAGGCGAGGUAUAUCCAGUGCAAGUACGUGGUAUUAUUGGUGGUUUAACCACAAUGGCAGCCCAUUCUUUUAUCUUUACAGUAGUUAAAACAUAUCCAUAUUUAACUAGUAUACUUACUACGCAUGGUACUUUUAUUUUUUAUGGUUGUAUAUCUUUAUUCGGAACGAUAUAUUUUUAUUUAUGUCUUCCCGAAACUAAAGAUAAAACACUUCAAGAAAUAGAAGAUUACUUUUCCGGUAGGAACAAUAAUUUAAGAACUAGAAAUAUAGAUAACCAUAAACCAAAGGUGUUACAAGUGAAAAAGGGUCAGAUUUUGCCUUGAAUUAUUUAUAUAAAUAAUAUUUUAAUAGACGUAAAUUAAUAAUUUGUCGUCUUCCAUCAAACAAAGAUAAAAAGUUAUAUGGCUAAGUUUUAUUAUUAAUCAAAAUUAAUUCAUAUUAUUAUUAAAAACUUGUUUCUAAUUUAAUUUAAGAAAAAAAUGAAACAAUAGUAUUUUAUACUUAUCUAGGAUAUUGGAGAUAAUAACAUGAUUAAAACUCCAAAAAAUCUAUUAAAUUAUAUAAAAAUUACAAUUAUCACAGAUAUUUUAUUUCUUAUUUAUAAGUAAGACAAUUUUCAAUAAUAUCUAUUUAUUAAUUAAAUAUUCAAGUAAUUUAAAUAUAAUGAUAUUUUUUUUAUAAGACAGUAACAAUAUAGAUAUAUUUUUAUAAAAGGAUCAAAUAUAUUCGUAAAGAAAAAAAAAAAUAUGCUUUACGGAUAUUUCAAUACGCACAUAAGAAAACAAAAAGGUGCUAUUUAUUAUUAUAGUAUUACAAUAUAUGUAUAUAUGUGAUAAAAAGAUAAAAUGUAAUUAACUAGACUUAUAAGUGAUAUUUGUAAAAAAAAUCAUAGUCUGACAAUGUACGCGUUUCAACAAUGCAAACUACUCUAUAAAUUAAACAUUUUUAAUAUAUUUACUAUGUA